AUGCUAUUCAACCUGGCGAUGGCGCCUCUCUUAUGGAGACUCGCUGCCGUUCCGGACCUAGCAUUCACGGUCUAUGCGGACGACAUCACUGUGUGGACGAUGGGAAGUGACAGCGCGCCUCUUCCUGAGACGACGAUCCAACGGGCCCUCGACGUGGUGAGCGAUUUCUUGACAGAGAGCGGCCUUCGUCCAUCGCCCGAGAAGACCAGAUAUAUGGCCUUUGGGAAAGACUGGGACAAGGUCGACGCUGACCUGCGUUUUAACGGGCAGCAGAUCCAAAAGGCGACAGAGCACUCCAUCCUAGGAGUGAACAUUCACUCGGGCGGCGACCCAACCAUCUGGAUUGAGCGAAUGCGAACUACUUGGAAGAAAGGGCUCUCGAUCGUACGACGACUAGCGACACGAGUCGGGGGUCUCGGAGAAAGGUUAGCGAGGACCGUAGUACAAGCCGCCCUGGUAUCCAAAAUAUCCUACGGCCUUCGUUUCUACAAAAUCAACACCAAUCAACGGGCCAAACUGGAAACACUAAUGAAUGACGCGCGACGCUGCAUCUCGGGCCUGCCGAAGUGUACGCGCCUGGAAUUACUACACGAAGCCGUACCUAUGCUCUCCUUGGAAGAGAUCCAACGGCAUCAGGAGUGGAUGUAUGCUGCCAAACUAACACAUACCCGUCAGGGCAGGGCCAUAGCAGAACUCAUGCCCUCAUGGAGCUCUCUGUGUGCAACGACAACUCCACCACCGAUACCGGAUCCCAUCCCACCGUGGCAGAAGACAACGGUCACCCCAGCCAGGCCGAUCCCGAGAAGGAUGAACUCGGCGACAAACACCGGCAGAAGGCGCAAAUUUGCUCGACGGCACGAGCAGAAGAACGGAGGUGACGACGAGCUUUAUGCGUACGCUGACGCAGCAUUCAAAGACGGAGUGGCGGCCACGGCGGCGUGGCAUUAUGAGAAGACAACGAAAAGCACGGAGCUGCAGCGAUGCGGAUCUGCGCAGGAAGCGGAAGCCAGAGCCGUACUUGAAGCCAUCAAAGACGCGGCUGCGACAUCGAGCGACAAAUUCCGCACACUGCGCAUCUUCACGGACUCCCAGGCCACCGUGAGAGCGCUCAGGACUCAAGUCAUGGCACACGGAGCAGUCGGACAAAUAUUCCGGUUGGCGCAGAACCUGGAACGGCGCGACCUAAAUCCGCUCACCAUCAGGGUGGAGUGGAUACCCGGUCACGCGGGCAUCGCCGGCAACGAGAGGGCGCACCGGGCGGCGAUCGAAGAGCUUAAUCGUAUCGACCUUCGACGCCAGGACCCGGGGCCAGCCCCCUCUGUGGAACCGCCACCGCCCGCCUUCAACUUGUACGACCCCGAGGGAACCAUCCUCAAUAUCAAAUUAGCAUACAAGAAAAUUGAGCAGACCAAACUGAACGCCAGAGGCGAGCCCCCCGAAGCGACCAUUCCUUCGGGAACUUUCCGACGGCACGAGACAGUCACCCUCCGAAGGCUAAGGGCCCAAGCCGGCAUCACGCCAGCCCGCACCCAGCGAUGGGAGCGAGCGGCCCGUGAGAGGAAGACGAAACUCGCCAACGCUUCAACGGCAGUAGAUCACGAUUAUAGUCUAUUGUCAAAGAAGCAAAGGAAAGAAGAAGAAGCCUGCUCCGAAGGCUGCAUCUACUGCAGAAAUCGAGACGUCAAGUGUGACGAAUGUCAUCUGAUCUGGCACUGUCCGAUUUUUAAUGAAGAAAGGACGAAAGCCCUGAACACGCUAGAACAACAACACCGCCCUACGUGCUUCGAAGCCUGGUGUAAACCAGUGGGAGAAAAAGACAUGCGUGUCGCGGUCCUGUCCAGUCUGCUCGGAUUUCUGAGUGAGACCGGCUUGGACAUUCAUAUCUAGGGGGUCUAUACUCCAAGUGGCGGGACCACAGCUAUACUAUUACUUGUAAAUUGCCAAUGUCCCGCCUAUCCAUCCAUUUUUAAACUUGCU